UUUAACCCAUUAUAUUUCAGAGUUUGUGUCGAUAAGGAUACAUGUUCCGAGGACUAUGUUUUGGAUCCUUGCUUGCUUGACCAUACGGUCAGUACUGGGAACCUGGACCAACCAAGAUAUUUCUAUAAACGUGAAUAAGCCAAUCGCCUAUAUUGGAGAUAAAAAUAUAAUAAUCAGAUGUGAAGCCCAAGGCACGCAAAUUGUGAAAGCAGAAUGGAUAACUUUACUCUUAGAGGGCCACUCAUAUGAGAGACCCAUGGUCAACAUGGUCAGAACUCCGACAGGUCACGUGUUUGAGUGGGGAGAAGCUUUCAAUGUGACGGACCUGCAUCAGAGGAUGACGGUUAAUGGGAGUCUGGAGGGUACGGUGUUCCUACAGCUGGACAUUCACCAGGCCAAGUUUGAGGACGGCGGGAGAUACACGUGUAAUUACGGAGGGCUGGAUAAACAUGACAGAUUCCUGGAAUUCCACGAGUCGGAGGAUUUCUUUGUGCAGUAUCAUAUCAUUCAAAGUAACUACACUGGUGUUCUUACACCAAAUAAAGAUAUUCUCAUAACCAUUAACAAGCUGUCUGCUUAUAUCGGUGAGUCUGGGGUUCGUGUGAGGUGUGAAUCCCCAGGAAACGUGAUCACGGACCCAAAGUGGAUCUCGGUUAUGGUGGAGGGCUUAAAAUACCAAAGUCCUCUAGCUAACAUGUUCAGACCUAUAAAUAGCACUAAGGGAAUGUUCGAAUGGAGUGACGAAUUCAACAUCACUGAUCUACAGAAUCGAGUUAUGUAUUCUGGAAGUCUUACAGGUGCCAAUCCUUAUAUGGAGCUUGAGUUCAAGGAAAUUAAAUGUGAGGAUAGCGGCCGAUACACUUGUAUACUAAAUGGACUGGACAGCACGGGGAAUUUGACUCAGUUUUCUAGUUCUGCCGAUUUCAUUGUCAAAUCCUUAAAUGGAGAGCCAACCAUCAAAGACAAACAUGACCAAGUAGUUUCCAAUAAUACAGUUCUUCACAAAAGACCUGGUGGAUUCAUUUUUUUUAACUGUGAGGGAGCAACUGGAAAACCCAAAAUCCCCAUCAUCUGGACAGAAUCCAACAGAACAACUGAACGAGUGUUGAAAGAGAGGGAUGGUGCCGUGUCAGGGUUAGAAAUCAUCCCUGAUGAUGAUUUAUGCAGAUUCCAUUCCCAACUUCAUCUGUAUUAUAUUGUGCCAGACAAACCUGUCACACUGAAAUGUAAGAUAGCUUUUUCUGUGUCUAUCGUGCACAUAAUCCCCACAGGAAAUAAUCCUAGUGUAUACCACAACACACCACACACACAGGUGGCAUCCAACAGUGUAUCUGUCACACCAACCACAACUGUGGCACCUCAAUUCAACAACAAAACGACGACUCGGUCUACAACAGCUGCACCAUUACCAUCAACAACAUUAAUGGCGGUACCAACAAGUACAUCUGCACCAACUUCUACAGCAGUACUCUUAACCUUGACAACAGGCCAGCCAACAUCUAAAUCAACAUAUACUUCAACACAAGCAACAACAGCUAAAUCAACACAGUUAACUUCAACAACAAGCUCGCCAACAAGUAAAUCAACACUGUUAACAUCAUCAACAGGCCAGCCAACAACUAAUUUAACAUCAACACUAGCACCGACAACUCAAUCAACAAUGUUAACUUCAACAACAGGCCAGCCAACAACUAAUUCAACAUCAACAACAGUACCAACAACUCAAUCAGCACUGCUAACAUCAUCAACAGGCCAGCCAACAACUAAUUUAACAUCAACACUAGCACUGAGAACUCAAUCAACAAUGUUAACUUCAACAACUCAUUCAACAUCAACAACAGUACCAACAACUCAAUCAGCACUGUUAACUUCAACAACAGCAGCACCAAAGGCAACAAUAACUUCUACACUGAGACCCUUGUCGUUAGCACCAUUAACUACAGCAGCGGUGCCAACAUCUACAACAGGCACAAAUACAGUGGUACAAACAAAUUCACCAUUUACAAAUUUACUAAAGACAUCAACAACACCUGUCUUAAUACUUCACAAAAAGAAAUAUCAGAAUGAUCUCCAUGAGAGAAUGAGAGACAAGUUUCUUAAAGUGAAAGCAAAUAAAAUUUAAUGUACAGAGACAUUGACUUGAUUAGACCGGAAUGAAAUCAGUCAAAUGUGUCAGUC